UCUUAAACAUAUUAAAAUAACAAAAAUCAUUUAUUACAAAUAAUAAUUUUCACUUUCAUUUGUUAAUUAUUUAAAAAAUAAAUGACAAUUUAUUGAAAUUAAUUUGAAAAAUAUAAAUAAAAAAAAAAAAUCAAACAAAUUUCACACUCUAAGCAUUUAAACUCAAAUUUAAUUUAUAAUUUAUUAAAUUUCAUAAGAAUUUCAUAAUCAUAUAUAAAAAAAAUAAAUAUUUUUUAAAAUAAUUAUAAUAACAAAAUAAUAAUAAUAAUAAUUACAAAAAUAAAUAAGACGGCAAAAUAAUAUUCUUGCUAAAUAAACAAUUAAAAUACAAAAAAAAAAAUUUUAUUUACAUCAUUUUGUCAAUUUAAAUAAUGGCUACAUCUCCAACACCAUCGUUGGAAUCAUUACCGGGUGCAACACAUUCAUCAAUUGGUUCAUAUGGUGAACAUCACGAUUAUUUAUCGGAUUCACCAUUAACAUUAAGUGGUUCAUCACCUCCAGUUAGUGAUUCAGCAAUUUGUGACGAUUUUAGUAAUAGCGGUGCAACAUCUGGUUCAGAAUCACAUAAAACAAAUUCAUCAUCAUCAUCAAGUAGUAGUAGUAGUAGUUCAGGUGGUUCAUCAGCAUCAUCAACUAGUGGUUUAAGUUGUGGUAGUAGCGGUUCCUCAACAUCAUCAUCAAAUUCAAUAACAAAUAAUACAGCUGGUGUUAUUGGUUCUGGUUUAUUACAAAAUACAGCAAAUUUAUUAAAUAAUCAACAACAAAAACAACAACAACAACAACAGCAACAACAGCAACAACAACAACAGCAACAACAACAACAGCAACAACAACAACAGCAACAACAACAAUCAGCAAUCUCAUCGAUAGUAUCAUCAUCAUUAGUUAACGGUUUAAGUUCUGGUGUUAUUAAUUUACAAACUUUAAACGGUGAACAGCCACCACGUUGUACUGGUUGUAAAUCAAAACAAUCAGACGCCGUUGCUAAGUGUAUUGAUUGUGUUAAUUAUUUAUGUGCUAGCUGUGUAACUGCACAUCAAUUUAUGCAUUGUUUUGCUAGUCAUAAUGUUUUCCAUAUUGAUGGUACAACAACAAAUACCGGUAAUGUUAAUGGUUCAUCAAAUAUUAAUGGAGCAUUUGAUGGUUUAACAUCAGUUGUACAACAAGCAGCAGCUGCAGCAGCAGUAGUCCAACAACAACAAAAUUCAAGUUCAAUACUCGUUAAUUUACAAAAUUCAUCAUUAGAUUUAACAAGUACAUUGACAAAUUUAAGUUUAAAUACAAAUUCAAUUUCAAUGUUAUUACAUCAACAACAACAGCAACAGCAACAAUCUCAACAACAAAUGGCACCACAAUCACAAUUAUCAAAAUUAAUGGGUUCACGUUUUAAUUAUGCAUCAACAACAAAUGGUACAACAGAUUGUACAAAUUCAAAUAGUGAAUUAUUACCAAAAUUAUCAACAAUGAGUUCCUUAAAUAAUACAAAUGAUAUUUUAGUAUCAGCAUUAGGUAAUGGUGGUGCAAAUGGUAAUAAUAAUUCACAACAAAAUGGACAACAGCAAACAGCAAAAUUAACUAGUCAAUAUUUUUGUACUAAACAUAAAAAUGAAUUAUUUAAAUUUUAUUGUCGGACAUGUCAAGUACCAGUUUGUAAAGAUUGUAUUGUAUUAGAUCAUCCAGCUGGUUUACAUGAAUGUGAGCAUAUACAAGAUUCAUCACCAAAACAAAUUGAAAAUUUAUUACAAAGUAUAUCAGAUUUACGUAAUAAAAUUUCUGAUUUACGUAAUAUACUAAAAACAUCUGAACAAAAUUCAAGUCGUAUUCAAAUGUAUUAUCAUAAAGCACAAGAUGAAAUUAAUGAAACUUAUCAGUUUUUCAGAUCUCAAUUAGAUGAACGUAAAGAAGAAUUAUUAAAAGAAUUGGAAUCUUUUUAUAAUGCAAGAAAUGUAUCGAAUUCUGUUUUAAUAACAAAAUCUCAAGAGAAUAUUGAAAAAAUCUUACAAGCAUGUGACUCAGUUGAACGGGUCACAAAAUCAACCAGUGUUAAUGAAACUAUAAUGCUUAAAAAAUUAAUUGAUAGUAAAACACAAUUAUGUAAUCAAAUGAUGCAAGAAUUACAAUUAAAUCCAGAUUUAACAUUUAUGUCUAAUUAUCAAGCUAUACAAGCUGGUGUUCGUAAUACAUUCGGUUAUAUACGUUCAUCAGAUAUGUUAGCACCAACAAAACAACCACCGAUUGCACGUCCCACAAAUAGUUUAUCAUCAAAUGGAUCUUCAAGUAUUAGCCCAACAAAUAGUACAACAAGCUUAAAUGGUAUUGGUGGCGGUGCAACUUUAUCUAAUUUACUUAGUAGUGUCGGUAAUGGAACAUCAUUAUUAGAUCGUCAUCAAUAUGGUAGUAUUGGUAAUUCAUCUAGUUUAUGUAUUGGUAAUGGCAUCGGUAAUAGUAUUACAAAUGGUACAACACAAUCAGCAUCAUCACAAUUAACAAAUGGAUUAACAAGCUCAUCAAAUUUUGAUAGCAAUAUCAUAUCAAAAAGAUUUAAUAGUGUCAAUAGUUUAGGACCAUUUGUAAGUGAUGUUAGUUUACAAUUAAAUCCUUAUGACAAAUGGAGUAAUAGUGGAUCAGAUAUUUUUAAUGGCUUAACAGAUCAAUACAGUUUAGGAUUAAGUUCUUGUACACAAAAUGGUAGCCCAUUAGGUGGUACUGGUGGUAAUGGUGUUAAUAGUAGUAAUGCUUUAGUACCAGCAAAUAGCUUAACUGUUGCAAAUAAUGCAUUAACAGGAACUGAUUCAAUAAUGGAUUUAACAUCAAAAUUAUUAUCAACUACUGCUUUUCCACCAAAAUCUCAAAUAAAAAGACAAAAAAUGAUUUAUCAUUGUAAAUUUGGUGAAUUUGGUAUAUUGGAAGGUCAAUUUACAGAGCCUAGUGGUGUUGCUGUUAAUGCACAAAAUGAUAUUGUUGUAGCUGAUACAAAUAAUCAUCGUAUACAAAUUUUUGAUAAAGAAGGACGUUUUAAAUUUCAAUUUGGUGAAUGUGGUAAACGUGAUGGUCAAUUAUUAUAUCCAAAUCGUGUUGCCGUUGUUAAAAAUUCUGGUGAUAUUGUUGUAACAGAACGUUCACCAACACAUCAAAUUCAAAUAUAUAAUCAAUAUGGUCAAUUUCAAAGAAAAUUUGGUGCAAAUAUAUUACAGCAUCCACGUGGUGUUACAGUUGAUAAUAAAGGACGUAUUGUUGUUGUUGAAUGUAAAGUAAUGCGUGUUAUUAUAUUCGAUCAAUAUGGUGUUGUAUUACAAAAAUUUGGCUGCUCAAAACAUUUAGAAUUUCCAAAUGGUGUUGUUGUUAAUGAUAAACAAGAAAUUUUUAUAAGUGAUAAUCGGGCACAUUGUGUUAAAGUAUUUAAUUAUGAAGGACAAUAUUUACGUCAAAUUGGUGGUGAAGGUAUUACAAAUUAUCCAAUUGGUGUUGGUAUUAAUUCAGCUGGUGAAAUAUUAAUUGCUGACAAUCAUAAUAAUUUUAAUUUAACAAUAUUUACACAAGAUGGACAAUUGGUUUCUGCAUUGGAAUCAAAAGUAAAACAUGCACAAUGUUUUGAUGUUGCAUUAAUGGAUGAUGGUAGCGUUGUAUUAGCAAGUAAAGAUUAUAGAUUAUAUAUAUACAGGUAUGUUCAAGUACCACCAAUUGGACUUUAAAUUGAUAUCUGGAAAUAUUCACAUAAAAUAAAAAAGAAUUCUUCUCAUUCGAAAAAAUUUUAAUUACAACAACAAAAAUUUGAUUAGUUUAUUACAUACAAAUAUAUAUAUAUAUAUAAAAUAUUAAAAAAAAAAGUUUUUAAGUGGUUAAUCUAAAAAUAUUAAAAAAAAUUUUAUUAUAAUAAUGACUGAAUCCUGAAUAUUAAAAUGAAUUGAAAAAUUUUGUUUUCUUAUUUUUUAAAUGACAAAAAUAUAUGUAUAUUCUUAUAUAUAUAUAUAUAAUGAUUAAAUAAAAUUCAACUAAAUCAAAUUUUUAAGAAAAAAUGCAAAAAAAAACUAAAAAUCCCUCCAUGGAAUUUGUAAAUUUUAAAGAAAUCAACAGUAUAUAUUAAAAAAAAAAAAAAAAAACGAAGAAAAGUGAGAAAUCAUUCGAAAAUAUUUAAAUUUUAUUGUUUUUUUUUUUGAUUAUUAAAACUGACAAAAAGAGAAAAAAAUGAUCAUCACUGCAACAAAGAAGAAAAGAAAAAAAAAAGAAAAUAAUUGUUAUUUUGUUUCGUAAUAAUAUUAAUUUCUCUAUUUUUUAUAUAUUUAUAAUUUAUCUACUUAUAAAUCCAAUUUAAAAUAAAUUUACUUAGUUUUUAAUUACAAACAUAUAUUAAAAAACUAUAAAGGAUCAUUUACAAAUGAAUAUGAAAGAAGAUUCAAAAAAAAAAAAUUCUUCAUCAUCUCUCCUUUCAACACCACUAAUUAUGAAGUUAAACCACUCAGAACUAACACUUAAACUGCUGCUACAUUUGCAUUAAACAAAAAUAAUGACAACAACAAUAUUUAAGGAAAAUCAAAAUAAAACAGAAAUUGGAGUAACAAAAUUUUAAGAGAAUAACAACUUUAUCAAGAGCAUUAUUUUUUGUAGCUCUUAAUUUCAAAUUAUAAAUACACAGAAAAAAAAAGUAACAGUAACAGUACUCUGCAUUAAUAAUAAAAUGUAAAUGUUUUCUUUUUUUUUUCACAAUAAAUCACAAUUUAAUAAAUAAAAAAAAGUGACAAUUAAUUUUAAUAAUACAAUCAUUUAAUAAAAAAAAGGGAAUAAUAUUAAUGAGAACAUUUUGACAAUAUUUUUGUGUAUAUAAUUUUUUUUUUUUUUUUGUGUGUACGGGAUAUAUAAAACAUAAAAUUUUCAUUAAAAUUGAUUAUUGAAGCAGCAAACAACACAAUACUAUUCAAAUAACAACAAUAAUAUUUAAAAGAACAUCAUUAUUACAACAGCCGGAACAACAACAGCAACAACAGUACUUUUAUAUUAAUUGUCUGAAAAUUUCUGAAAUUAUCCGAAUCAAACGACGACGUGCAAAACUGGACACGGAUGGAUGAAUCAAUAAGGUGGUUUUCUUCAUAAAAAAUUUAAAAAUAAAAAAAAAAAUUAAAUUUUUGUUUUUAAUUUUAAAAAUUUUUUUAAUUAGUAAUAUGUUAUAAAAAAUUAAAUUGACUUUAUUAUCUAUUAUAAAAUUUAAAAAAAAAAAAAUUGCACUUUUUU